GCAAAGAGCGAUGGCAAUCCUUAACGCUACACUCCACGAAUAAGACCAACCACACCACGCCGCGUUACCGCCGCCCGCGGUACGCCUAUGCCACCGUCCUCCACUCGUUGGAAGCCUACGUGUGCGGCGCCAUCGUCUUGGCGCAAAGCAUUCGCCGCACCAACUCCACCAAAGACCUCGUCCUCCUCGCCGACACCUCCUCCCUCUCCCUGUCCUCCCUCCAUGCCCUCCGCUCCGCCGGCUGGGACGUGCUCCCCAUCCACCGCAUCCACAGCCCCUUCGCCGCCAAGGGAGCCUACAACGAGUGGAACUACAGCAAGCUCCGAAUCUUCCAGCUCACCGAAUACGACAAGAUCAUCUUCAUCGACUCUGACCUUGUCGUCCUCAAUAACCUCGACCGCCUCUUCAUCUACCCGCCUCUCUCCGCCGCUGCCAACGACAAGUUCAUGUUCAACUCUGGUGUGAUGGUCAUUGAGCCGUCCCUGUGCUUGUUCGAAACCCUAAUGAGGUUGAGCUUCAAACUGGAGUCUUACAAUGGCGGCGAUCAAGGGUUUCUCAACGAGGUCUUCACGUGGUGGCACCGCCUUCCGAAGCGGAUUAAUACUCUAAAAAUCUUUCGGAGAUAUCGAAACGGUAAAAUUGAAAAUGAUCAUGAUCAUCUAAUUCCUGAGGAAGUUGAUGCGAUUCACUAUCUAGGGUUGAAGCCGUGGAUGUGUUACAAGGAUUAUGACUGCAAUUGGGACAAGGCGGAUCACCGGAUUUUCGCGAGCGAUGCGGCGCACCGGCGGUGGUGGGAAGUCUAUGACGGGAUGCCGGAGGAGCUGCAGGCGCAUUGCGGGCUGACGAGGAAGAUGGACGCGAGGAUAAAGAAGUGGAGAGGGAUUGCCAGGAAGGAGAAAUUGCAUGGUGGGCGUUGGAAGGUCAAGGUUAAGGACCCCAGACAGCACCAUUAUAUAGGAGGAUCAUGAGAGUAAUAUAUGCACAUAUAUAUAUAUAUAUAUAUUGUUGAGGGUGUUUGUAUCAAUGGACAAAUUAAUUUAAGCUUUUUGGAAGGA